AUGCGCCGGGGCCGCCGCUUUAUCGGAUGGCUGUUGACGGGAAUGGCCGUCCUGUCGUGGCUAAACGCCGUCUGGGGCCAGGACGCUGACGACUGGCAAUACGAGGAAUGCAAACUUUCCCGGCCCGGCCCCCCGGCUACUAUUGUGACCAUCGAUGAGGAGAGUCCCAACGGGACGGUUCUGGUGGAAAACAUGCAGAUAAAUGGACGCGCACAGGACCCGGGCCGAACCAUCUGGUUGACUUUACUGGACAACUAUGACUACUGGGUCAUACUGGAACCAACGCGUCAGCGGCUCUAUCUUAACAGUACUGGCCGGGUUCUGGACAGAGAUCCUCCCAACUACAUCACCACCAUUGUGGUCCAAGUCCAGUGCACCAACCAGCUGGUCGGUACCGUCAUCCUGCACGAGGUCCGAAUCGUGGUGAGGGACCGCAACGAUAACACGCCACGCUUUCAGCAUCCACGUUACUACGUGGCGAUCAGUGAGCUCACACCGGUGGGAACAACCAUAUUUGCCGGGUUCUCAGGAAGAAAUGGCGCUACUGACAUCGAUGAUGGACCCAAUGGACGUAUAGAAUACAGCGUCUUGUAUAACUCCAAUGACCCGGAAUCCAACAGCACUGUAAGCGUCGCAAACACUAUAUCGGGAAACAUCAUUCUGUCCGAAAGGCUCAACUACGAGGAGAGAACACGUUACCUGGUUCUGAUCCAAGCUAACGACCGGGCACCUUACCCUCCCAACAGACGCACCGCCACCACUACGCUGACGGUGGACGUCCUGGACGGCGACGACCUUGGACCCAUGUUCCUCCCGUGCGUUUUGGUCAACAACACGAACGACUGCCACCCCCUCACCUACCGCGCCGCCAUCCCCGAAUUCACCCAGCCGAGCAAACUGAACCCCUUGAAUGUGACCCCUCCGAUCCGGGCCGUGGACAUGGACAGAAACAUCCAGCCACCCUCAGACAGGCCCGGCAUACUUUACUUCAUCCUGGUUGGCCAUCCGGUCACAUUUCCUCAGUACUUCUCCCUCAACAAAACCACGGCAGAGCUGCGCGUCCUGCAGCCCAUCAGCAGGGACUUGUAUCAAAGGUUCACGCUUGUUAUUAAGGCGGAACAGGACAACGGUCACCCCCUGCCGGCCUACGCCGACCUAGUGGUGGAAAUCCUGGACGAGAACAACCAGGCACCGUAUUUCCAGUUCGUCACGUAUCAGGGCUACGUGAGCGAAUCGUCCCCGGUGGGCACCACCAUUUCGGCUGGGGUCAACCUCACCACGCCGCUGGAGAUCGUGGCGCUGGAUAACGACGUGGAGGAGACUCAAGACCCCAUGUUGAAGAUAACCCUGGACGACCACACAGCCAUCUUCAGCUUGACCUCCAGCGGCGUAAUCCGUUACCUGAGGCUGCUGAAACCCGUGGACCGGGAGAAGCAGAUGACCUACACGUUCACGAUGCUGGCAUCGGACGGCGUCCAGCAGAGCGUCCCCGUCACAGUCAACAUUUUAGUCAUCGAUGCCAACGACAACACACCCACCUUUGCACAGGUGUCCUACAGCGUGGACCUAUUCACAGACAUGCAACCAGGGGAGACGGUGCUGCAGUUAACGGCGGAGGACGCUGACGAAGGGUUAAACGGACUGGUGACCUACGAGAUCCUGGCCGGCGCUCAGGGACAUUUUGUCAUCAAUAACCGCUCUGGGCGCAUCACUGUGGCGCCCGGUGUCAGCCUCGCUGUUGGACGAUCUUUUGCGCUGACAGUCAAGGCGUCUGACAAUGCACCGGAAUCCCUCAGAAGGAGUUCCAUCACAACUGUCUAUAUCGAAGUGUUACCCCCCAACAACCAGAGCCCACCACGCUUCCCCCUGCUCAUCUACUACCUGGAGGUGAGCGAGGCCACGAGGAUCGGCGCGAUCCUGCUAAAUAUGCAGGCCACAGACAGAGAAAACGAUCCCAUCACAUAUCACAUUGUGAGCGGAGAUUCCCAAAAGGUGUUCAACCUCUCAGAAACGCUCGGCCUUCUAAUUUUGGAAAAAGGUCUAGAUAGAGAAAGUGACGAGGGAUACCGUCUGGUCGUCACCGCCUCGGAUGGCAACCCCGGAGGGACUUCAACAACAACAGUCAACAUCGUCGUCACCGACGUCAAUGACAACGACCCCGAGUUUGACCCUGCCACCCCAAUUAACUUCACUGUUCGAGAAGAGGAAGCCAACCUAUUCGUGGGACAGGUUAAGGCCACGGACCCCGACGCGGGGGCAAACGGCCAAGUGGGCUACCGCAUCAUCAAUCAUCCCGACUUGUUUGUAAUCGGCGCCAACGGCAGCAUCUACACCCAGGCGCCACUCGAUCGCGAGCUCCAAAGCGAGUACGAGCUGGUGAUCGAAGCCUCCGACGGGGCCUCGGACCCCCGGCGGACCACCCUAACCCUCACGGUGCUGGUGGCGGAUAUCGACGACAACAGCCCGGUGUUUUCGCAGCAGACGUACGUGGUCAACGUGCCUGAGAACAGCCCGGUGGGGACAGUCAUCCUGACGCUUAGCGCAACGGAUGCCGACCUCUUCUCCAACGUCACCUACCGAAUCAAGUCGGAAUCGGCCCGCCGGCUUUUUUCCCUGAACGCCAUCACGGGAGAGUUGGCCGUGUUGCAGACUCUGGACUUUGAGAAUCUGGCAGCUCUGGGAAUGGGAGUCUCUUACACUUUCCAGGUGGAAGCUGUCGACCAGGGAGGCAUUACGCCCCCGGGGCUGGCUACCGUCACGGUCCGGAUCACGGAUAUGAACGACUUCUCCCCCGUCUUCCGCCAGCAGCUAUAUAAAGGCAUGGUGGCACCGAACGCAGAGAAGGGAACGGUCAUCACGACUGUGUUUGCAGAGGACCAAGACCCACCGGGCACACCGGCCAGUUUUGUGCGCUACAGAGUGGACGAGGAGAGGUCGCCGUACAGUGGGAGCAUCUUUGAUGUGGAAGAACUGACCGGUAGGAUCAUCACCAAGGUCAACCUCAAUGAAGAGCCCAGUGUUACCUUUAAAUUGUUUGUCACGGCCUUUGACGACGGCGAUCCCGUGAAGACGAAUAGCACCUUGGUGGAGAUCACAGUCCUUCAGCCUUCGCGGAUUCCUAUUUUUACCCAGGAGGAGUACAGGUUUCCUCCGGUUAGUGAGCUGGCGCCGGCGGGUACGCCGUUGGGGACCAUCGUGGCCGCCGCCAUCAACCAGACCAUCUACUACUCCAUCGUGGCUGGAAAUGAUUUAGGUCAUUUCCGUGUGAACAACAGGACUGGCGUCAUCUCCACUGCCAAGCCGCUGGACUAUGAAAAUGUGACCAGCUACGUCCUCAGGGUGCAGGCCGACUCGCUGCUGGUUGUUAUGUCAAACCUGCGCGUGCCUUCCAAAACUAACACGGCCAAAGUGUUCCUAGAGGUGCAAGAUGAGAACGACCACCAUCCCGUCUUCACUAGGAAGCUGUACAUCGGCGGCGUGACCGAGGACACCAAGAUCUUCAGCUCAGUUCUCAAGAUAGUGGCUACCGAUCGGGACACUGGCAAUUUCAGCGCCAUGGCCUACCGCCUCAUCAUCCCACCCACAGCGGAGGGUCAGGACAGCUUCGUCAUCGAAACGUACACCGGCGUCAUCAAGUCGGCCAUCAUGUUCCGAAACAUGCGCCGGUCCUACUUCAGCUUCGAGGUUAUUGCCACCGACAACUACGGGGAAGGUCUGAGCAGCAGCGCUGACGUAGUGGUGUCUGUGGUCAAUGCAUUGGACAUGCAAGUUAUUGUUUCAACUGUCCCACCUACUCUGGUUGAAGAGAAUAAGGACCAACUCAUAAGUAUCCUGGAGCGCCACAUCCAGGACCAGAUCCCCGGCGCCAAGGUGAUCGUGGAGGCCAUUGGGCCGAGGCGUCAUGGCGAUGGCUUCGAGCUGGAAGACUACACCAAGUCGGACCUGAUGGUGUACGCCAUUGACCCGCUGACAAACAGGGCCAUUUCACGCCAGGAGCUUUUCAAAUUCCUCGACGGGAACGUUCUGGAAAUCAACAAGGAGUUUCAGCCUUACCUGGGCGAGGGCGGUCGAAUCCUGGAGAUUCGAUCGCCGGAUAUCGUAGCAAGCGUGAAGAAGGCUGCCCAAGCCGUAGGAUACACAGAAGGGGCUCUUCUCGCCCUGGCGAUUAUUAUCAUCCUCUGCUGCAUCCCUGCCAUCCUUAUCGUCAUGGUUACAUACAAGCAGUUCAAAGAACGGCAGGCAGAGUGCGCCAAAACUGCCCGGAUACAAAUGGCUUUGCCGCCAGGAGGCAAGGCGCCACCCACCAGCGCGGCUGGGGCAAACCUCUACGAAGAACUAGGGGAUAGCAGCAUGAGGCGAGGCUACGGCAGACAGCAUCAGCAACUGCUGAGACCAUCUCUGCUGAGACCCGAGGAACUCUCCAUGGAAUCCGGUAUCGACCCUGGCCCAGACUACUACACGCAGGACUACUAUAAUUAUGAUCAAGGGUAUGACCUCCCUCAAUAUGGCAGUCGGAGGAGAUUGAUUGCUCCCGUGUAUGAUGAAUAUGGAGAGGUGAUCAUGGAAGAUGACGGUUAUUACUACAGUCCGCAUGGACCUGAGGGGAGAGGCAGAGGCAGGGGCAGGGGCCGUGGCGGCAUGAGGGGCCGCGGUCCCCUAAAGAGGGUCGCGUUUAGGGACGACGAGGGAACGGAGCAAGCCGAACCAGAAGAUGACGGCGAGCCGUCCAAGGCUGCCAAGAAGCUGAAAUCUGUCAUCAAACUCAGCAAACUCCUGGCAGCCGGCAAGAGAGCAGAGCAGGCGUCCGCCACUGCCAGCCCGUCUGCGUGGAAGAAAGCCAAAAUGUUCAAGAUGUUCGGCGUGAAGAAAAAAGAUAAGGAUUAUGCCAAACUGAUGUCAGCUCGCCGGAUCGAUAGUUUGGAGAGCCUGAGCGACGGGCCGUCACCUGCGGGACCCAUUGACAGCAAGUCGGGCGCUCGCAGCCAGCUGGGCAAAGUGUUGAAGAAAAUCAACCUCGGCAAGAGGUUGCGGGCUCGGAGGAAAUCCCAGAGUAGUGUUAGCGUCAACGGCAGCGAGAGGGAUGAAGAGGCCUCGCGAGUGACCAGCGAGGAUGAAAGCAAAUCUAAAGUGUCCAUUAGCGUGACGGAGAGCGAGCCAGAAGCAGUGGCGAGCGGAAGCGGUAAAGACAGAGGCUCGGAUGACGAGUCCUCAGAGAAAAGCAGUGUGGAUAGAGAGUACCUAAAAGUGGAUUUAGAUCGGGACGACGCCAACGAAAGCACCGUGGACUCCGAAGAAGAGCCCGAUCGAGGGCCGGGUGAUUCAGAUGAAGAAAGCGAGUCUGAAGGAGAAGGAACUGAAAAAGAGUUGGUCAGCGAGAAAGAAUCUGGAUCAGAAAAGGAAUCUGAAUCUGAGAAGCCAUCGGGCACGGAGAAAGAGUCUGAAACUGAGAAAGACUCUGAAUCAGAGGGAGAGUCGGAAACAGAGAAGGGCUCGGAGUCCGAAUCCGUCAAAGCAUCCGAUUCGGAAAAAGGAACGGGGACGGCUACGGAGAAGGAUUCGGGAUCGGAGGUGGAAUCUGAUGAAGAAUCAGAGGAGGGAGAGGAUUCUGGUAGCGCUAAAGAUAGUGGGUCUUCUGCUCGUUCAUCCAUGAGAUCAUCAGUGACUGAAGCUAGCAAGACAGGCAGUGGCAGUGGGACCGGAACUCGGAGCGGGACUGAAACGGGGAGUAGACCGAGUAGUGGCAGUGGAAGCUAUAGCAGGAGUGAGAGUAGUAGCAGGACUGGGAGCGUUAGUGGAAGUGCAAAAAGUCGAAUUGCAAGCAGUAAAUCUGGCUCAAGUAUGAGGUCGUCACAAAAGACUAAAACAUCAGCAAGCACAAUAACAUCUGAAAAGUCCAGCCAGAAGCCCAGUGACGCCGAAUCAGGGACGGGAACAGUCAGUGAGGCCGAAUCGGGGUCAGGAAGUGAAGGAUCGUGGUCUAAAGGGUCCAGCCAGAGGAAAACGUCUGCUUCCGACUCCAUUGGAGGGUCAUCCCAUAGCAGACAGGUGACUGAAGAGAGUUCCUUGGGCAGUAGGAGAAGUUCCUCUGCUACCGCGUCCACCAGCGGAAGCCAGCGCUCCCGAAAAUCGGUCCUCAGCCACAGAUCUGAGGGCACAAUAACCGAAGAGAGCGAAGGCGAAGCUUCGGAAACCGCCGAUGAAAGCAAAGAGUCGGCGAGUGACAUCAGCGACGACGCCGUAUCCAGAAGGUCCAGUGUGGCGUCGGUAGACCCUAGCCCAUCUGCCCCUUACACUAGUCCUCAAUAUCCUUCUGAAAUCAGAAGUAUCAGCGACACUUCUGAAGAAACGUACGGAGGAUUAUCACCGAUUACCGAGGUCGACGAAGACGCCAUCUCCACUGACAAGUCCAUCGGCGGUGGCUCUGUUACCGAGGCCAGUAAAGACACCGAGGCCACAUCGGAUGCUGAGUCCGAAUCAGAGGGGAAUCUCACGUCGUUUUAG